CGCAUUAUUUUUAAUUCCUGCUCAAUAGAACUAACUUGAAAACCAUGAGGUUGCUUUGAACAGCAUCUUCAGUAAUUUUCUAUCAGCAAUUGGUAUAUUUGGAAUUCUUCAAGAUAUUUCGAACUGUUUUUCCAUCGCAUUUGGCAGUUUUAUUUGGCGUUUUAUUUGGCGUUUUAUUGAUAAGGGGAGCUCCUAGAUAACCACCGUAACCAUGGCGUUGAAAGAAAAUUGUAUCACGUUGGAGCUGGUAGAAAUUAAAGUUGAGCGAUUUUUGAUUCACCGAGGUUCACCUGCAUAACAACUUGGUCAGGAUGAUGGUGAUAUUUAUUGCCUCGUCGAAAGUCUUAAGAAGUCAAUACUACUCAAAUGAGAUGCAAAAUUUUUUACAAGACAUGAUAGUUAAGGAAUAAGGAGAGAACGUGGCGUUUGGACAGUGCCUGACGUCUUCCUUUUGUAGUUUUAGAGUAGCCGGAAAAGCUAAAGUUCAGUCGUUCAAGAUUACUUUUGUUUACAGAGCUUCCGACAACUGGGACAGAAUCUAAAAGGGCCGCUUUACAGCUUUAAAUAGCCAAAGUAAAAUACGAAGUACAACAUCGACACGAAACAUUCUUAGCUCUCAAUCGAUUCUCAAGAGACAGCAACCGCAUCCAGAGAAUCAAAGAAGUUGUCCUGGAAUAAGUGUGGUUUCCAAAGCUGCUCCAACUUCAAUGAAAGAACGAACUAGCCUUAGAACCUUCGCACAUAACAGGGAUAUUUUUUCACUUUGAAUAUACUUCACAAUUCCAUAUCGACAAGACAAGGCACUAAGCUGUCGCAAGUUUCCACGCACGACACUAUAGGGAUACCUUCACCACUGAGACCAGAGUCAGAACUCCGGCGAGAGCUGCAAUACCGUAGCUGCGUUCAGCUGCUACUAAAAUUUGGCAGCUCGAGAUGCGAAUCUCCGACGGUUUGGUGUUCCUACUCUGGAUUUGUUCUCUUUGUUACAACGGAGAAGGAGUCCCUAGCGCUUCAAUCAUGCGAAGGGCAAGAUGUUAUGCAAACUGCUUCACGCGGAACGGAGUUAAGAACGAAACUGAGAGUUCUUGCCAAACACAGGCCUGCAAAGAGUGUCUUGCCCCUUGUGAUUCGAACUUGCACGGGAACUCGUGCAAAGCAAGUUGUAACAAUGCCAGUAGCUGUUUAAAUAGCUGUGAGUUCUUGACAUGGCUGAAGUUGCCGUUCUUAUCUAAUGGCGAUGGGUCCGUACUACAAGUUCCAGGGCCAGUGAAUGAGACAAUAUUGAAUUUCACAUCACUCACCUUGCAGUGGCCACGUAUCCUCAACACAAGUGGCACUGCUGUUUACUUACUUGAAGUAGCUUUUGAUGGUGAACGAGCCAGAUCUUCUCCCCACUAUCCAAACCAGGUCAACGUCGAGUCAAAGGUUAUACUCAAAUUUGACCCUUGUAUAUUUACACCAAGUAUAACCCAGCGCGCGGAGUUCAAAAACACUAAUUUCCGGUUCAGGCUUCUUGUUCUGACAGAAAACUCCUCUGUAAGCUACGGACCUCAAUCAAGAAGCAUAACCUUCCCAAAGCCAGAUCCAGUAACAAACUUGACUCUGGAUAGCCUGUGGUACGAUGCUGACCACGAUGGAAAUAAAGUGCAGAUGGCAUCUUCUUGGAUAGCGCCUAAAGGACAGGAAAAUAUCGUUUCAAACUAUGCCUUGCGUUGGAAUCAGGAUUCUCAGUGCACCGUCCACGUAGGCUUUAGGAAUGGAGAAACUGACGGGCUUCAGACGCGAUAUACUAUGUCCUUGUAUGAAGAAUUAAUGAAAUGUGCCCACAAGCUUGAGGUCUUUACCAUCAUUGGCUGCAGUGUGAGCGUUCCAACAACUAUAAGAUACACUUAUCCAGGUUGUCAAAAUAUCACAAGUUUUCCUAAAGACUACUGCUACAAAUUUGACCCUCCAGAGGCACCAUUGUCGGAUAGGAUGGCCACCAACAUCCGUCUUGCAGAACCUAUGACACCUGCACCGGACUACAGAUUUUUUGCGUUGUUUACCUGGGACCCUCCGGUUUACCCAUAUAAGAACGUAACUCACUACAGGGUUAUAUGGUACAAGCAAAGUCAACAUUCGUUAUUCACAUAUAAGGGUCUUGACACAGUUAAAUCAAAUAGUGCGUCAAUAAGUGAUCUUUUGCCAGGGACGACAUACAGAAUUCAGGUCUACUCAUUUUUUCAAGAUAGAAAGCCUGGGUCAACAUUUAGCAAAGCAAAUUUUACUACUCCGGGUGUUGAUCCAAACGAAGUAAAAGUAACCCAUUUGACCGCUGGUCAGUUAACCGAGUCUUCAGAUGGUCGCAGUUUCAGUGUUCUUAUUUCAUGGGAAAAGCCAAUUUUUAACUACAGUUUGCUUGUUUACAAAUUUAGUUACAAGGUCGACAGCAAAAAUGGCACAGAAGAAUUGAGGAAUAACCAGACAUACUUUAACAUAUCAGGAAUACUGCAUGGUGCACUGGUCAGAUAUUGGGUAACGCCGCAUUACUUACACGACUGGAUCAAAGGAGUGCAAGUGUUUCAAAACAUCACAGCGCCUGUCCCGAGUUACCACGACACCGCGAUCAAAGACAUAAAGUUCGGAGAGUUCAAGCGCGAGCUGGGAACCAGCAGAUUCUCUGUAAAUGUCACGUGGACAGGACCAGUGUUCAAUUUCACAUUGGUCUCCUACAACAUCGAGUACGAAUUGACGGGAUACCAGCCGCACAGACCUGUCGUGCAUAUAAAUGUGGAUAAGCCGAGGAUACUUCUAUCGGGUAUAAGACCUGAAGAAUUUUUAACGGUAAAGGUCAAAGCUAUGUUUUCCAAUCCCAACGUCAAGGGGAAAAAGGCAAGAUUCUCGAAAACGGCCCCAACGCCCGAUAAAAACACAGUAAACGUUCGUAACUUGACCUACAACUCGUUUAACUUAAGUACUGUGGUGAUUGAAUGGCAAAAACCGCUUUUCGAUGAAAGUAACGUAACAAAAUACGACAUAAUAUACAGACGAAGAGGGAAUCCGGACAGAGAAAAGACGUUCGACCUCCAGAUUGAUGGGGGGAAGAUGUCUUUUAUCAUCCAUGGCCUAAUCCCCGGUGACGAUCUGGAAGUAGAGGUGACGCCGAUGUUCGAUGCCAGUUUUAUCGCAGGAAUUACUUCAAAAAUCAUUAUUACGCCUCAAAGGCCUGACAACCAGGAAAUACAGGUGCAAAACUUACGAGUAGGUUUGUUUCUAGAAGAUGAAGAAAGCAACACUUUCAGCGUCAAUUUCACCUGGGAACCUCCGCCAUUCAAGUAUAGCACUGUGCGCUCUUACAUAGUAUCCUAUGAAUUGGACGGAAGUUAUUUAAGGGAUGAGCUUUCUUGUUCACCGUUACAAAGGGACAAUCGCCGAUUAGGAUGCUCCAAAAGUGGAGAUGACUUGACAUUUCUGCAGGUAUCUGGAAUAUUCCCGCAUGAAAGCGUCAUUGUGAAGGUUACACCUAUUUACAGCAACAGACACAUCACCCAAAAAAUGGUACAAAAAAGAGGGACUGCGCCCCGCCCCAGGGAGGAGCUUGUUCAGGUUAAUGGCUUGAAGUAUGAUGAGAUUUUCCCUACUGCCAACAACACUUUCCUCACGACAGUGAGCUGGGAGAAGCCACUUUUCACACACAGUGAUGUAAAACACUACAUUUAUAAAUUAGCGGCGACAAAUGCCCCGUUUCGGAAAAGGAGGGAAACGCUUUUGAACACCGAGACCACAACGACUGGUACCAAUGUAACAAUUAAUGGAAUCAGUAGAGUUGAUGGAGUCGAAUUUCAGGUUACUCCGGUAUUCGUUGUGUCUGGGGUUACUGGUGCAGAUGCCAAGAUCUCGCUUGCCUGGAAAUCACAAACCAGUAAAAAUCCUCUGUCUGAUCCAAUAACCACAGCUGACCUAACUGGGAUUGUUAUAGGAGUAGUAUUAGCUAUAUUGAUAGCAACUGCGCUACUUAUUUGGUGUUACCACGAAAGACAAAGACAGAUGAGAGCUAAAGGCCGUGUCAGAGGCAAAAAUGCUUUAAUGAUUGAUCAUUGGGAAGUAGAUGGAGACUCAGUGACCCUGGAGGAGGAGCUUGGAGAAGGGGCCUUUGGAAAGGUGUACAAGGGGGUCCUGAAGGAGUCUACGUCGCCAUCACGGAAACUCUCAAUGAUGCCUCCCAUAAGCCCCACGGGUAGAAACACGCUCAAGCAGACGGAAGGACUUAUUGUGGCAGUUAAAAUGCUACAUGGAAUGGCAGAUAGCGAUCAGCGCAGAGAAUUUCUUGAGGAGAUACAGCUAAUGAAAGCCGUGGGAACGCACAAAAAUAUCGUCAAUAUGUUGGGCUGUUGCACUGUAGAGGAACCAAUGUUUUUGCUUGUUGAAUAUAUUCCUUACGGAGACCUUUUGCAUUACCUACGAAAACGUCGAGGAAAGGUAAAAGAAUAUCUUGGUGACGAAUCACGUGGUCCGUAUCGUUCCACAUACUGCGAGACUUACGUAUUUGACAAACAGUUGGGGGAAAGAACAACAGUGGCCACAAGGAGUGACCGCAUUUAUGUCAACAGCCCUGAUGCGCCAAAAGAUGAUGAUGAAACCAUUCAAAUUCUAUCAUUUUCAUCAAAAACAGAAGAAAAAGGGAUGGAAAAUAAAGGAAUGGAAAAUAAAGGAAUGAACCAAGAUGAAGAUCAUAAAGAAGUUGUUGUUGACGAGGAGACUCUUACCCCAGGAGACCUUUUAGCAUUUGCCUGGCAAAUCAGCGAAGGAAUGGAGUAUUUGGCGAGGAAAGGAUUCGUGCAUCGGGAUUUAGCGGCCCGCAACGUUCUUGUUGGUGAGAGGAAGAUUGCUAAGGUGGCAGAUUUUGGUCUGACUCGGCACGUUUAUGAAGAGAAGGUUUACCAUGCAAAGAGAAACCGGAAACUUCCUUUGAAGUGGAUGUCAGUUGAGGCCAUUUUUGAUCAAACCUUCACAACUCAAAGUGAUGUGUGGGCUUUCGGCGUUCUUCUGUGGGAGCUGGUCACAUUAGGCGGAACACCAUACCCUACAGUAAACAACAGAGAGUUGCUUCGUCUACUUAAAAAUGGAUAUCGGAUGGAAAAGCCAGACAUCUGUAACAAUGAAAUGUACGAUAUGAUGGUUGAAUGCUGGUUAGAAAAUCCAUUCGAUCGACCAACUUUUACCCUAAUCCGAGAGAGACUGGAGGAGAUGAUGCAGAAGGACAACCCAUAUUUGGACUUCAGCGUCCUCGAUGAAUCUCGGGAUUAUUACAAUGUGCCAUCCUUUAACAGUUUAAUAGAAGAAUCUGAGGAUGAAGUGUUUGAAAAAGAAGAAGGCGAUGAUUCACUUAAAGAGGACAAUGAUGAGAUGAUCAUUCUUGACAAAGAUCAGCCAAUGAAGGACUCGAAUAAAAACGAAAUUGCUCCCUUGCCAAAACCUACAAGGUUUCCACCCACUGAGGCGGAAAAUAACGAGCCAGUUGAUUUAGACAAGAUUGAAUUUAACAACAGUGCUUUUCAGAGUAAAGAACUGAGUGGUCUUAGAGAGGUAGAGGUAAAUUUUGACGCUCUUGAAAUGGCUCUAUAUCGGCAUGACGCCAGGAGCAUUGUCCUUUAAGCAGAGCUGCUAAGUCAAGGGAAGACUGAAAACAAAAUUAAAAAGUAAGAAGGAAUUUAAGAAAAAAUUCGAAAUAUCUAUAGAAUGAUAGAAUAAAAAAAAAACCAUAUUGAGUUUAGUAUUACAGUGUUUCGUUUUCUCGUGUUGAUGUGUUUUCGUCGAAGCAUUUAUCAGAUAAAAUUCAUUCAAAAUUUUUCUGUUAUCGAGUUUAGCAGAAGUAUACUAGUCGUUCGAAUAUUAACAAACUCACAGGCUCUCGUUUUUAUUCUGUUUUGUUUAAGCUCAAUACUCAAUAUUAUUACUCAAUAUUAUUACUCAAUAUUAUUACUCAAUAUUAUUACUCAAUAUUAUUACUCAAUAUUAACUAGCGAAUAGAUUACGAGUACCGUAACCUGAAUUUUUUUUCAAGCUUUAAUUUUACUAACACUUAAUUAGUGUUCGUUGCGGCGAUCACUCUCGUACUAGUUAAAUAUUCAAUACCACUAUACUUGCGCGAGAAAGUUACAUUUCCAGAGCAACAGAUUAUAAUUUCUUGUCCCGAGUUAUGAGGAAAAAGUUAAGCAAACGAAAUUCAGAUAUUGUGAAAAAUCAGAUAAGCCUAACAGUAUCAAGAAAAUGAUUUUUCUGUAAUUAUGGGCAAAAACAUUGUUUUUGUAAUUACUUAAUGAUGUAAAACCGAACUUAACCAGCAGAAUCUGGUUUUCUUUAGUACUGAAUUUAAUUGUCUUUUAUACUUAAACAAAUAUCGCUAAAAAGUAACAUAUAAACGACAUAUCAGGUCUUAUGGAUAUGGAAAAAAAUUGAGAAGGAUUCGCACAUUCUUGUCAUCCUU